AUGUGGGUGAAGGCGGACUUGCGGAGGAGAGGCCGAGAGGGCCGGAGGCGGAGUGAAGGGUCGGCCGUCGCCCGCCACUCGCCGCCUUCGUUGCCGCACACGGAGGCCUGUCUCCUUACCGGAUCGUGUCGGAGCAGCGUCCCGAGAGAGAAGAUACCCGUGGCUCCUGGAAGGGAUCAUCGGCGGCUCCUGAAGCGGGGAAGGGAUCUGUGGCAGCGGCGGCGAAGGGAGGUAGCGCAGGGAUCGAGGGCGCUUGACGCGAGUGCGAGGGCGGCGACAAAGGGAUCGAUUGGAAGGGGAUCGAUGGGAGUGUUUUCUUUUCGGGUGUUUUUUUGCUGCCUGUGGGGUGGGGAGGGGACUAAAAAACCAGUGAAAAAAAACAGUUAA